GUUGACAAUUGAUUGAAAGUUUGAGAUAUUUUGACUUUUUAGCUAAAUCGUUUUUUUACUUUCAUUUUAUUUAUUAAAAACAAAUAACAUGGGAGAUUCCCUAGAAAAAUCUAUAAUUCAUCCUCGAGCUUAUUUGUAUAAAAUUAAAGAAAACAAAUUAUCUCAACACGAACGAAGAAUAAAAUAUCUGGAAGAACAAAAAGAAAAACGUCAAACAUUAACAGAUAAAAAUCGAGAUUUGUGUGAUUUAUUUAUUAAGCAAAUUGAAAAAUCUUGUAAAGAUGAGGAAAUGGAAUAUGAAUCGACCCAAAUUCGGAAAGAGAGUCAGUUUCAUUUUAAAUUAAUGAUGACAGAAUGGUUCACAGAUAUUCCUGAUGAUUUGGAGGACAACUGGUUUAUAAAGCUAGUUCCUGAAGGUUUUCGAAUUCUACUUAUUGCACGAAACCACCACACAUUUAUUUACAACAAGAACGGCAGAUAUUUAUUCCAGAUAAGAACAAAUUUUCCAGGAGGGGGUGGAUGCAUUGAAAAUGGAACUGCAGUAUUAGAUUGUGUAAUGGAUAAAAAAAAUAAAAUUGUAUUUGUAUUAGACUGUUUGUUUUGGAAUUCGAUGUCAACUUUAGAUAGUGAAGCAAAUUUCAGAUUCUAUUGGUUGAAAUCAAAAUUCCAAGAAAACCCAGAAAUGGGCCAAUAUUUAAAUUAUAAAUUUGUGUUAAUGGACAGUGUAUGUGCUGAAAGAUCUCUAAUUCAAGAAAAAAUGUUUCAAUCUUUUAAAAUAGGAGAGUCUGAAAUAAUUUAUGAUGGUAUAGCAUUUUAUCAUAAGGAAUCUCAAUAUUCUUUUGGCUAUUCACCUUUAGCAACGUGGCUUGCCUCAUAUAUGCUUCCUGAAAAAUUAGGUAUUGAUGUGCCAGAAAUCUACUCUGAAAAAAAGCCAAAGAAUUAUGUAAAUUUGCAACAUUACAUUGAAAAUGAAAAAUUAUUUCAUAAAAAGAAAAGGAGAUUUAAAAAAACUGAUGUUGAAGAUAUGGAAUCAUAAGUGUUUUGUAAUAAUUGUAUAUAGGUAACUGUUUUAAGAAAAAGAUUAAACAUGCUGAUAUUUAAUUUUGUUUGUUACUCCCCUUUCACAUGGACAGAGACUGCUGGACAGAUAGAUGUGACCAAUAAGGUUGAAUGAUAUGAAAAUGAGAUGCCAUUAAAAAGGCCACACCACUUCUUGCACUCUUGAUACCCUGUUCUAGUUGUCAAAACUUUUUGAAAUUUGAACAUUAUGCUUGUGUCCAAAGCAGUAUCUUUAAAUUAUUGUUUAAAAAAAAAUCAUGACAGAACUGUUCAAGUUAUCAACAAAAUUAAAAACCCCGAAGAAAUUGUUUGGAUUAAGUUUUAAUUAGUAUUAUUUAAUGUUUCAG